AUGUCUAGGACCUCCCGAUCUGUCACGGUGCUACCGGUGAUUCCCGAGGUCCUCCACAUCGAAUCGCUGAUCCCAUUGAUAUCGGCAUUACCCCAGACGCUGCCAUUCUACGAUUGUCGCGUUCCAGCCAUGCGAUAUUUUGAAGCCCUUGAGUUUUCAGAUGGGGACUUUUUACGAUGGGGAUUCGAUAUCGCCGAGGCCGAGCCAUUGAACUCUCCAUCUUUGCCUGCUCAAGAACAGAAAUGCCAGAAUCGUCACACUCGUGGCCACCCAGAACCGGUGUCUCUAAAAUCAUCUGAGUUGAAAGAUUAUACACCGAAAAGAUCAACUCAGAAGAGAGGGAAGACGACUCAGAUAAACCCGUAA